UUAUUUCUCUCUCUACAGAAGAGAAGAAGAUACCCGACGACAAUGGCGUUCGAUCUCGUAUUCACUGACGAAGAGAUGGCGAUUGACGAAGGCCUUGGCUACCCAAAAGCCUACGCCAAGCUCUGUAGAGAUCGCAGUAUCAGUCCGUACAUCAAUGGCCCUCCUUUCACUUUCACUCCCUAUGCUCUGCAACAACAAGAGGCUUUGACAACAAGAGAUUUAGAUGAGAUGUUCCCAAUUAUCGACCCAAAAGCGAAACCCACAGCAAAGCCCAAGAUUUUUGUCAGUCUUCUGUGGAAACAACUCAACCACCUUGGGAAUGCUGGCUUUGAUCCUGCAGUAAUUCGGGUGGACCCAUACGGCAAUGUUUUGUAUUAUCAUGCUGAUUCUGCUUCACCCCUUGCUUGGGACAUUGAUCAUUGGUUUCCUUGCUCAAGGGGAGGAUUGACUGUUCCAAGCAAUCUAAGGAUAUUGCAGUGGCAAGUGGGCAAGAAGAAGCAUAACAAGCUUGAGUUUCUCAUUCCAUGGUGGGAUCUCCAAGUGGGUAUAUCCAUUAACCAGUUCUUGUCUAUCUUUGCUUCUUCAAACUCGGAUUUCAGGCAUAGGGCAUUUUCUCUGUUGUUUGCUGAUGGUGAAACUGAAGAACUAAAUGAUUCACUGACAGUGGACUCACAUACUUUCCCUCAACACUUCAUCGAAUCAAAAGAACGAAUUGGCCUUGCUCCGGCUGCUGUUGUUUCAUCUCGAAGAGAAUCUUAUGAUUCUUCAUCAGUUCUGAAAUCCCUGGAUAUCAACAGAAGACCAAGGUCAAACACCCCCAUAAUAGCUUCAAGAAAAUUAAAAUUAAGUACAUCGAAAGAAAAUGAAAAUCCAGACAAUGUUACUAACCCAUAUCAGGCCAUAGUCUUGGCCAGAGACUCUCUGAGACACAGAGAAGAAACUGCAAAGAUGCAGUCAGAAAUACAGAAGUUGGACGAUGAAGUGAAUGAUUUGAAGCAAAGGGCUGAAGAGGAGAAGUUUGCCAUCCAAGAACUGGAAUUGGUGCUAAUAAAACGAAGAAGGCGUGUUGAGAAGUGUCGUCGUCUAGCAGAGGCACAGUCUUCAUACAGGGCAAUGCUAGAGAAGAUGAUCAGAGAUGCUAUGCACCAGAGUGUCAUUUAUAAGGAACAAGUGAGGUUGAAUCAGGCAGCAAGCAAUGCUCUCAUGGCAAGACUAGAAGCCCAAAAAACAAUUUGUGACUCCUCCGAGAAAGAACUGCAUAGAAGGUUCAGACAAAGAGAUGAGCUAGAGAAACAGAUCAGGCCACAAUGGGAGCAAGCAAGGAAGAGGUCAAGAAUGGAUGAUACUUUUUAUGAAGAGAAAGAAGAUAAGACUGUUUUGUAUUUACCAGGAAACAAGAUAAGGGCAUCUUCACCGAAGGAAAUGGAAGAUACUGUACUCAAUGAAAAAGAUGAUAAACCUGUCCUCUUUUUACCAGGAACUGAGAAUGUAGAGGGGAUGAUCCCUUUGCACAAGGAACUGAGAGUGUUUUUAGAAGAGGAGCAGAAAGCAUCUGAAGCAGGUUUGUCUCUUAACGAAGAGCGGAAGGAAGAAGAAAUAGAAGAGAUAGGAUGUGAAGACAACAAUGUUGGUAAAGAGAAGCAGCCUGAGGAAUGUAAUAAAGCCAUAGUUGCCACAGAGGAUGGAUUUCCAAUUGAAGAAAAGCUCCGGACAUUGAAGAUAGAAGAGGGGGGAAAAACAUACAACAUUCGAAUUCCUGUCAUAUGUGAAGCAGAAGUAGAGGAAGAUGAGGAGAGCAGGAAGCAGCGUGGAAAAGGAAAUGUGGAGAAGUGGCUCCAAAUGCUGUUGGACACGCAAGAAGGUACUGAUUCAAGUCCUCAAAAUGCCGGUGGAAAUGAAGCUAGUGGGACUGAUGAAAUGAUCAGGAAGCUGAACCUCAAAUACCCACAGAAAGAGAUCAAGGUUUUGAGGUUUCCAGAAUCACUAGAUGUGGAGCGUGUGAAACAAGUUCAUCAAGAGAAGAACCAGCAAAUAGUCCAGACAAAAGACGCUGGGAAAAGGCAAGAAGAGAUUGUCGAGACUGAAGCUAGUAGUAGUACUCUCCUAAAGAGUCCUCCCUACAAGUUAAAGGCUCAUCAGGAGAAGAACCAGCAAAUAGUCCAGACGAAAGAUGCUGGGAAAAGGCAAGAAGAGAUUGUCAAGACUGAAGCUAGUAGUAGUACCCUCCUAAAGACCCCUCCCUACAAAUUAAAGGCUCAUCAGGAGAAGAACCAGCAAAUAGUCCAGAUGAAAGACUCUGGGAAAAGAGAAGUAGAGAUUGUCAAGAUUGAAGCUAGUAGUAGUACCAUCCUAAAGAGCCCUCCCUACAAGUUACAGAUGGAUAAAAGUGAUGCAAAUGAAGUGGAUAGUGUUGGUAAAGGAGUGGGAAGUAGAAACAGCUUUGAAGGUAAGGAGAAAGGAGAGAAGAAUGGGAAGGAAAGAGGACUUGAGAGGAGUGAGAGUGCCAGAACAUUUCGGCGAAUUCCAUCUUCUCCAUCUUUAAUCUUGGGUGGUAUGCGGAAGGGAGUGGAUUGCAUGAGAAAGAAGCCUUUGGUAAUUGGUGAUGAUGAUGGCAAUGAGGAUCACGCCACCGGGAACAGCAGCUUCAUUAAGUCAUCCAUCAAGACAAUCAAGAAAGCAGUGAAGAUAUAAACCUUUAUUACUGUCUAAUCAUAGGAAUUAUAUUGCAUUUUUGUUUCUUGGUAAGUUCUGUUAGUUAAAGAGUCUAGCUAGCUCUUUUAGCUGAAUAAGUGUGAGAAAUUUAAUUGUUCUACUGUGCUUGAUUUGUGUAUAAGUUAGAUUGUGUGCCGGAUUUGCAAUAACAGCUUGUUGUUUUCA